AUGGAUCCAGCCAAAGAAACCAAGUCCUACAAAGACCAGCAACGAAUAGCCAGCCUUCGCGCUUCGAUUGCAAGUCUAGAAGCUAGACAUGCGGUGCUUGAAGCCAGUCUAACUUCAGUGACAACCCAGCUCAUUGACAAUCCCAAUACCACAUGCGAACGCUAUACCCAGCUUUUGCAUGAGUACAAUGAUAUCAAGGAUGUUGGGCAGGGGUUGAUGGGGCUUAUUGCUGAUGCGAGGGGCGUGAGGCAGGUUGAGGUGGAGAAGGAGUUUGGGGUUUCGGAGGAGGAUUGA